UUUACUUCGCAUUUAUCAAGGUAUCUCCCUACAGAAGUUUCAACUAUUUCAAAUAUUAAGAAGCUCGACGAAAGAGAGCUGGCUAUGGAUUCCUUUUAAACUGAAAUUGAUAAUAUAAAACUUUGAGCUGCUGAGAACUCUUAAUAUGCAGGAAGUCAAAGUUGCAGCAACUUCAUCUGGCAAUCUGGAAAAUGGUCAGCUUACUGCAUCUCCAACUUCCAACAAAGUUGAGCGCAAGAAGAUUUCAUCUCGCAUUCGACAACCCCCCGAGGGAGAUGUGGUUGCCGGUGGCAUAGGAAUCACUGGCGGUGGAGUUGUCAUCCUACCACAACAUGUACUCAACGAGCUAUACCACAAUUACUCAAUUAAACAGCGGCGCAGCGGACUAAAAUGGUUUUUACUUGCCGCUGUACUAUUUAAUUUUUGGACAAUUUGCAUUCCUUGGGAGCAAGAAUACGCAAUAAGGAUGAUUAAUUGCACCAUGUUAGUGGCAUACUUAGCCCUAAUAGCUCUAAUGCAUAUUAGUCAUCAGUCGGAAAAGCCAGCACUAAGAAGGUUCCAUCAUUCACUAUUGACAAUUAUUCCACGAGCUCUGUGGUUUAUCUCCAUGUUACAUUUUGCUUCCUAUGUAAUGCUGCAAUCAAGCAUUUCUCCGCGAGAUGUUCUUGGUUGGACUAUUUUGAUUAAUUUUCUAAUAUACGUCACGUUGCCAUUACCAUUGAUUUUCCUCGGGCUUGUCGUUGGAUUUUGCACGUACUUUAAUUGUCUAAGCCUUCCAGUAGGGUUUUCCCGACCGGACCCGUUAAUUUCGGAUCAGGCUGCUGCAAAUGCGGUUCUUAUAGCUACAGCUGCGUUAAUUGGCUUGUUGUACUACUUCAUGGGUGAGGCCAAGCAGAAACGGGCAUUCUUGGAAGCAAAAAAAAGCUUGGAGGUAAAAAUGGUGAUCGAAGAGCAAUCGGCGGAGCAGGAACGCUUAUUAUUAUCUGUGCUACCUAAGCAUGUGGCGAUUAAGAUGCGUGAGGAUCUUGGUUCAUCCAGCUCUGAGGCUUUUAAAAAGAUAUACAUGAGUCGGCAUGAAAAUGUUAGUAUACUCUAUGCGGAUAUUGUCGGUUUUACUGCCAUCUCAUCAACAUAUAGCGCACAAGAUCUUGUGAAAAUGUUAAACGAACUUUUCGCGCGCUUCGAUCGACUUGCUGAGAAGUAUCAGCAAUUACGCAUAAAAAUUCUCGGUGAUUGUUAUUAUUGCAUUAGUGGAGCUCCCAAUGAAAGGCCGGAUCAUGCUGUGCUCUGUGUACACAUGGGACUAUCAAUGGUAAAAGCCAUCAAAUAUGUUCAACAAAAAGCUAACUCACCUGUUGAUAUGCGGGUUGGGAUACACACUGGAGCCGUACUUGCUGGAAUCCUUGGUCAGCGACAAUGGCAGUUCGAUGUCUACUCCAAGGAUGUUGAGCUAGCGAAUAAAAUGGAAUCGAGUGGCAAAGCUGGACGUGUGCAUAUUUCAGACAAGACCCUAACUUUUCUGAAUGGAGAGUUUGAAGUAGAGCCCGCAUUUGGUGAAAAGCGCGAAGAGUUGCUUCGUAUAGCAGGCCUAAAGACCUAUUUUAUUACAAAAGUGGUUAAGCCAUUCGCUUCGCCAUGCAACUUACAUCCGGACCAUGUUGAUGCCAAUCGCAGUCCAGUAGAUUCAAAUAUUUCCAGUAAUGGCAAUAAUGAUAACAACGAAAAUUUCGCUGGUAAUGACACCGACGCCACCUUAGAUGAUGAAGAACUUCUUGCCCAAAGUGCUGUAGCUAAUGAUCAUGAUGUGACCGCGAACAACGACGAUGAAGAAGAACAAAUCAAAUUGCAGAACUUUAAACAGCGCUUGAAAGAUGAGCUUGUCACACGCGAUGGACAUGAAAAUCUGACCAAGGAUACAAAUAUUUUUCUACGCUUUAAGAAUCCGCAACUAGAGCAAGCUUAUGCUGUUUAUCGAGAGCCAUACAGCUCACUGCCAUUGCUGGCAGCUUUGUUGGUGCAGUGCAUCGAUGUUCUUUAUUCCUACUUGGUACUUCCGCGUUCCACCUUGCACUUCAUCAAUAUUGCAGCUCCACUUGUACCCAUUGCAAUGCUGGUAGCCGUUAGCAUUGCUGAAAGCUUUAGCGGAAUGCUGCCUAAGUUUUUUGUGGAUAUAAGUAAGCGAUUCAAUGACAUUAGCUUCGUGCGGGAGCUGGCGGCAAUAAUUAUAGCACUUACCAUUGGACUUAGCAAUGUCAUAGACAUGUUCUUCUUUGUCACCUUCGUGCGCACUGAGCACAUCGUAAGUGAAAGCGAAUUUAAUGCUACGGCCGGCUUGGAGGAAAUGCCUACUGCUGAGCAUAUUCUACCUGAAUCGUUUGUUAAACAAAUGCGUGAAGCGGUUCCAACAGACCCCAUCUUAUAUCCGUCCUACUUGAGUAAUUACAGUAUCUUAAUUCUCAUAGCAAUUGCCGUAAUUGCUCAGCUCACACAUUUGACUAAAAUUGUACUCCUGCUAUCUAUUGCAGCUUUGCACUGUUUUUUUAAUGUUUGCAUUAUGCAGGACUUAUAUGCACUUGAAGAUAGUUUAGCCCAUCAGCCGACAAUAUCAACACGAUAUUGUGCAUCUGGUUUGCUGCUCGUCGCCGCAUUAUCUCUCAGCUUUUUAGCGCGACAUAUGGACCACGAAGAUCGGGUAAUCUUUAAAUGGAAAACCGAGGUAGCCGAACAAAAGGAAACAGCUAAUGACAUGCGUCAGCGAAAUGAGGCAUUAGUCUACAAUGUACUCCCAGUACAUGUGGCUGAACACUUUAUGAAGAACACUAUGCGCUCCCACGAUGAUCUUUACUCGCAAAGCUAUUCGGAGGUGGGCGUACUAUUUGCCAGUAUGCCCAACUUUUCGGAUUUCUACUCAGAAGAAACAGUUAACAAUCAAGGUCUUGAAUGUCUCCGUUUUCUGAACGAAGUCAUUUCGGACUUCGAUGCACUGCUGGAAUUGCCCCAAUUUCAGGAUAUUAUUAAAAUCAAAACCAUUGGCUCAACGUAUAUGGCCGCUAGUGGAAUUAGUCUUCAACGCACUAUACGAAAUGAUGCGAUCAUUACGGAGCGCUGGUCUCACUUAGCUGUGCUAGUGGAGUUUGCCCUGGAGCUGAAGCAUGCACUGCAGGGCAUUAAUGAACAGUCCUUUAAUCAUUUUGUCUUAAAAAUGGGCAUCAAUCAUGGCCCUAUUACGGCUGGUGUUAUCGGUGCUCGAAAGCCACAUUACGAUAUCUGGGGAAACACAGUGAAUGUGGCAUCCCGAAUGGAGAGCACCGGUAAAGCUGGUGCUAUUCAGGUCACCGAAGAGACUUGCGUUAUUCUCGAACAAUUCGGUUACACGUUCUUGCAGCGAGGAUUGGUAGCGGUUAAAGGCAAGGGUCAGCUUAUGACCUACUAUUUGCAGGGCAAAUCGGAAUCAAGAACAGUAGAGCCUAAGGCAGCGCUUGAGCGGUACGAGUCCGAAACGACUCCAGAACGACAAGGGGUUGAUGGCCAGAAGUGUACCAUAGAUAAGGAGGUGGAUAUCAAGACACCUCUGCUAGUGCUUAAGACACAUGAAAUCUCAAUGGAAGGUACUACAGAAUCUGGACUGGGAAACGGCACAAUAGGUGAAUCUCAAUCAUUGUUAGAAUAAGUAAAAGCUUUAUGCUUUUGAUUCGAGAUAGCUCAAUAUUAAUUCAUGCGUGUGCGAAUAGCAAAAUUUUGACUGUGUAAUUAAGUAAGAAUCCAUGAGUGUGCAAAGAGAAAGAGUUUGACUAUGUAUAAUAUUUAGUAAAAAGGGAAUAAUUCACUUUGAACUCAAUCGUUAAUCGUACUACAUUUAGUACCGGCAUGAAAGUAAUAAUCGACUCUGAUCGAUCAGAUACUUAUACAUCGAUUCAGUAUAUGUUCACACAUAUAAUCGCAUAAAAAUUAAUGUAUACUAAUAAUAAACUCUUAAAAGUAUUAUUUUGUGCUUUAAGGAGCCGAAAGAUACGUGACAGAAACUGAAAAAAAAUAUGAUCUACAUUGAACCUGCAAUAUUGGUAGCACUAGCUCAAGCUCUUGAAAUCUGUGACCUAUUACAAAAUCACGUCACAUACAAAAAUUGAUUAGGGAUUAUAUGACACCAACAACAUUCUGAUUGUGUACAUAAAUGGCAUUUUGAACUGCAAUAAACUUAUUAUUUGAAUAGAUUAUAUUUAUGUGAAUAUUUAACAUUUAUUAAAAAUGAAUUUAAAAUUAUUACAUUAAAUUCAGGCAUCCGUAAAUAGUAAUAAUUGAAUACUACUAUAUUCAUACAUGUAUGUAUUUAAUGAUACGUCAAAAGUUGUAAUCCUUCUAGGGCAUAUUUUUUAUAAUAAGAGUUGCCACAGAAAUCAAAAUCAA